UAUUAAAAAAAAGGCUCUUAAAUGCCAAAAAUGACACCAAGGAGUGACAACUUAUCGUCAUAAUCGAUUGCAAACCAUUCUUCUCCUAGAUAUAAGCUCACCAAUAUCACAAAUGUGUGCACUUUCUCCUCCUUCAAAGUGAAAAAAUGAGCAAUAACUUGGUACCAGUACCAUCUCCAGCUCCAAACCCGUUGGAUCUUCCUUCUGGUCUAGCUUUUGAUGAUGCAACCCCUUCAUGGAUGAGCAAAGCAGACAAUGCAUGGCAACUAACAGCAGCAACACUUGUUGGUCUACAAAGCAUUCCAGGGCUUGUUAUUCUAUAUGGUGGAGGGGUGAAGAAGAAAUGGGCUGUGAACUCUGCUUUCAUGGCAUUCUAUGCCUUUGCUUGUGUGCUUUUAUGUUGGGUUUGUUGGGGCUACAGGAUGUCUUUUGGAGAAGAGCUUGUACCCUUUUGGGGAAAAGCCAAUGUUGCCCUUGAUCAAAAAUUCCUUCUUGACCAAGCAUUCCUUGGCAAGUUCCCCAGUGCAACCAUGGUGUUUUUUCAGUCUGUUUUUGCAGCUAUUACUUUGAUUUUGAUUGCUGGUGCCGUGCUUGGGCGGAUGAAUUUUUACGCCUGGAUGAUGUUUGUGCCGCUGUGGCUAACCUUUUCAUACACUCUUGUAGCGUUUAGCAUAUGGUGUCCUAAUGGUUUUCUCUUCAAAAAUGGGAUAAUAGAUUAUUCUGGUGGCUUUGUGAUUCAUUUGUCUGCUGGAGUUGCAGGUUUCACAGCGGCCUUUUGGGUGGGUCCUCGCCUAACCAAGGACAGGGAGAGAUUCCCUCCAAACAACAUCAUUCUUAUGUUAGCUGGGGCAGGACUACUCUGGAUGGGGUGGACAGGAUUUAAUGGAGGAGACCCUUAUGCAGCAAGCAUUGAUGCUUCCUUAGCAGUCUUGAACACCCACUUGUGUACCGCCACAAGCUUGCUUACUUGGCUUGCACUAGAUGUCUUAUAUUUUGGCAAAGCUUCGGUUAUUGGUGCUGUUCAAGGCAUGAUCACUGGUUUAGUCUGCAUCACUCCUGCAGCUGGGGUAGUGCAAGGAUGGGCAGCAAUAAUAAUGGGGCUAUGCUCAGGUUCAAUUCCUUGGUUCACUAUGAUGGUUGUGCACAAGAAGUCUGAGCUACUUCAAAAGGUUGAUGACACAAUGGCUGUUUUACACACGCAUGCAAUUGCAGGAAGCCUCGGUGGAAUCCUCACAGGUCUCUUCGCUGAGCCUCGACUAUGCUUUUUAUUCACAGGGUCAUAUGCCCAGUAUGUUGGAUUAUUUUAUGGUUUUCAAAUGCGAAAAGUCCAUACCGGGUUUCGACAAGUAGGAAUUCAGCUUCUGGGAAUUCUAUAUGUUAUUUGCAUCAAUGUUAUUGUCACAAGCAUCAUAUGUCUCUUAAUCCAACUGGUUGUGCCUCUGAGAAUGUCUGACGAGGAUAUGGCAAUUGGUGAUGAAGCUGCUCAUGGGGAAGAAGCUUAUGCUAUUUGGGGUGAUGGAGAUAGGCAGGAGAGCUCUUGGUUUCCCAAUUCAGGUAAUCCUGAAACUGAAUUGCCUGUUACUAAAAGGAAGGCAGCUGCUGGUGGCCAAGUUGAGAUGACAUAAGAUGUGUUGUAUUUUAACAAGACGAUAUUAAUGUUUGCCUGGACGUUAUUUUC